GUCGUGUUCCCCAGCAGCAGCGUCAAGAAACAAACAUGGCGGCGUCCAGUGUCUUCAGACCGGGCUUGUUCAACCACAAAGUUGCAAUAGUAACGGGCGGCGGGACCGGGAUCGGUAAAGCUAUCUCUGAAGAGCUGCUGGAGCUCGGUUGCAAUGUGGUCAUCUCCAGUAGAAAGGUAGAGAGGUUGGAAGCAGCAGCUGAGGAGAUGAGACAGAAGAUCCCCGCCUCCAGCCCGGCGCGUGUCACUCCUCUGCAGUGUAACAUCCGAAACGAAGAUGAGGUGAAGGAUCUUGUGUCGUCAGUGCUGAAGCGGUACGGUAGGAUAGACUUCCUGGUGAACAAUGGAGGAGGUCAGUUCAGCAGCCCGGCAGAACACAUGUCGUCUAAAGGCUGGAAAGCUGUGAUAGACACCAACCUGACAGGAACUUUCCACUGCUGCCAGCAGGUGUACGCCGCAUGGAUGAAACAGCAUGGAGGGGUGAUCGUCAACAUCAUAGCUGACAUGUGGAAAGGCUUUCCGGGGAUGGCCCACACAGGGGCAGCGAGGGCAGCAGUGGACAACCUGACAAAGAGUCUGGCCAUCGAGUGGGCCGCUUCAGGAGUCAGGGUCAACUCUGUCGCACCUGGCACAAUCUUUUCCAAAACUGCAAUGGAAAACUACAAGGAUCUUGGACCAAGUCUCUUUAAGAUGUCUGUUCCAUUUAGCCCUGCAAAAAGGCUAGGGGUACCAGAAGAGAUCUCAUCAGCAGUCUGCUUCCUGCUCUCUCCUGGGGCCUCCUACAUCUCUGGAGACACUCUGAGGGUUGAUGCAGGACAGAGUCUGUACCACUCCAUGUGGGAGAUACCGAACCACAGUGCAUGGCCUGAAGCUCCAGAGGGGGAGAACCAGGAGGCUCUGAAGGAACUACUCAACCCCAAAAGCAAGCUCUAAUUGUCUGAGCCCAAUGUAUAAACAUACCACCAUGGACAGAGAGCUGAUGGGUACCACAAGCAAUGGGAAGAAACAAGACACCAUAGUGGCCCGGGACUAAGAUAGUGUGAUUUAUUAUAACAAAUUCUGUAUAUAAUUGUAUUUAAUAAUAGAUAUACAAGUGUCUGAUUGUUUUUUUGGUAAUGAGUUGUGUCAGAGCACUAUAUAAAAAAAUUCAGUGCCUUUGUAAGUUGGUAAUUAACGGUGCUAUUUGACAACAUUGCAUUAUUUGCAAAUGGAGACAAAAGACAGAAACAAUGAUGGAAAAUUACAAUAAUGUUUUAAAUAUAUGUACUGAGGCUGUUCAUCUUUGAUAUAGUUAUGAAAUACAGACUUUAUAUGUAAGUGUAA